AUGAGUGCCAGAGCCUGGGUGUGGCUCAACAACGACCAGUCGCAGUUCCUACGAGGCUAUGUUGCAGAGCAUUUAGAGAAUGGCCGGUGCAAAGUGGCCAUUGUGGGGAAAGACGGAGCAGUGGAGUCCACGGUCGAGGUCGACCAGGGCCUGAUGGAAAGCUGCAACCCGCCGCGGUUCGACAUGUGCAAUGACAUGGCCGAGUUGACCCACUUGAACGAGCCCUCGGUGGUGUACAAUUUGUACCUUCGGUAUACGAAGGACUCGAUUUACACAUACUCGGGGUUGUUCUUGGUCGCGGUGAACCCGUACAAGCCGUUGCCUAUUUAUGAUGCCCGUGGCUACCGCGACAAUGCUCCCCACAUAUUUGCCACUGCUGAAAAAGCCUACACCGAGCUCACGCGAGGGAACCAAAACCAAAGCAUCCUAAUCACGGGGGAGUCCGGCGCCGGCAAGACCGAAAACACCAAACGAGUGAUCCACUACUUGUCCGCAAAGGGAGCCACCACCGGUAUCGACAGCAAAAUCCUACAAGCGAACCCCAUCUUGGAGAGCUUUGGCAAUGCCAAGACCAUCAAAAACAACAACUCGUCCCGGUUUGGCAAGUUUAUCAAGAUCUACUUUGACGACCAGGGCGGGAUCUCGGGAGCGCACAUCGACUACUACCUUUUGGAAAAAUCGCGGGUGGUGAGCCAGGGUUUGAAGGAGAGGAACUACCACGUGUUUUAUCAGUUUCUUAGUGGAUACGACAAGUUGGACAAGCUCGGGUUGAGCAAGGACGGGGAGUACCUGUACUUGGCACAGACAACCCAUGAUGGUGGCUUCAGCCUGCUUAUGUCCGCGUUUGACGUUGUUGGGUUCACCAGUGAAGAGCAGGAGUUGAUAUUCUCGUGUUUGGCCGUGGUGUUGCACUUGGGCAACUUGCAGUUUACUUCCAAAACCUCCGAGCAGGCCAGUUUUACCAAAGACUCACCCGUGGGAACAAUAGCAGCGCUCUUGGGGGUAUCCCCGGCCUCCCUCUCCGAUGCAUUCCUCCGGCCAAAAGUUAGGGCCGGGAGGGAACUAGUCGUGAAAUCGCAGCGCGCCGACGACGUCAAGUUCGCAAUCGACGCCUUUGCCCGGUGGGUGUAUGAAAAGCUCUUCCAGUUUAUCGUGGGGAAGAUCAACGACAGUUUGAAUGGGUCCACGGGGAACUUCAUAGGAGUGUUGGACAUUGCCGGGUUUGAAAUCUUCGAGUCCAACUCGUUCGAGCAGUUGUGUAUUAACUACACUAACGAAAAGUUGCAGCAGUUUUUCAACCACCACUCGUUUAUCUUGGAGCAGAAGGAGUACAUGCGGGAGCAAAUACAGUGGGAUUAUGUCGACUUUGGUAGGGACUUGCAACCUACCAUAGACAUGAUCGAGUCUCGCUCGCCCAUGGGGAUUCUCAAGCUCCUCGACGAAGAGUGCAUGAUGCCCAAGUCAUCGGAUGCAAUGUUUAUGGGGAAAUUGAGCCACCACUUUAACAAAAAACACCCCAAGUUUGCGGAAAACAAGUACAAGAGCGGGUUCAUUGUCAAGCACUACGCGGGGGAUGUCGAGUACAAUGUCGACGGCUGGUUGCAGAAAAACACCGACCCGCUUAGUGAAAGCAUACUCCAGUUGAUGGGGGAGUCGAGCAACGAGUACAUCCGGGGGAUGUUCCAUGACGAGAACCCCUUGAAAACCAGAAACAAGCUCAUGAAGACAGCUUCGCUGAAGCAUAGGGACCAGUUGGGGGAGCUAAUGCGGCAGCUCGACUCUACCAAGCCGCACUUUGUCCGGUGCAUACUCCCGAACUUGGACAAGAUCCCUGGCAAGUUUGACCGGGGACUCGUGGUGGACCAGUUGAGGUGCAACGGGGUGCUCGAGGGGAUCAGGAUCACAAGGGCGGGGUACCCAAACAAACUCCCCUUUGCGGAGUUUGUCAGCAGGUAUGCCAUUCUCGGGGACGCCUCGGGGCAACCGGAACGGCGCCAAUGUGAGUCCAUACUAAAGUGUUUGGAGCCAGACUUGUACAAGAUUGGACAGACCAGAAUAUUUUUCAAAAGCGCAGUCUUGGGCCGGUUGGAGGCGAUGAGGGACGCUCGGCUAGGUCAGAUUUUCACCCAAUUGCAGCGGGUGAUCCGUGGGAAUGCCACAAGAAAGGUAGUUGCCAGGGAGAGCAAACAGUUCCACGCUGCUAGGGUCGUCUCCAAAACAAUGCUACGGUUGGAGGGACUCCAGGGGAAUCCAUGGAUGGCACUCUUUUUCCACGUCAAGCCAUACUUGGCAGAGUCUGUGGAGAAGAUGGAAACCAGUAGGCUUGACGCAGUGGUGGCCGACUUGCAACAGAGUCAAAGUGUGGUGAAAGAGCAGGAGCUGGCAUUGGCGGUGCUACGGGCGGAGAACAAGCGCCAUGUAAGUAUAAUUAGCAGAUUGGAGAGUGAGAUGCAGGAAAAGACCGGUUAUGAAACUGCAGUGGAGAAGUUGACUGUGGAGUUGAAGGGGGCUACACAAGCGUUGGACAGGGUGAAGAAGGAGCAUGAAGCAGCCACCGGCAGUCUCAAGCGUUUGGCGGAAACAGAGAAACAACAGAAGCAGAAGCUAGCAGAGGCGAGGGAAAAACUCACCUUGUCAAAAUCCAAGCUAGAGAAAAAGUCGAUGGAGAAUGAGAGACUUCACUCUGCUUUGGGGGAAAUGGAGGCACAACUAGCGAGAUUGAAGCUGGACUAUGCCAACCUCCAGGAGAAACAUGUCACCACCAAUGCAUCACUAGCCUCCAAGAUCUCCCAACUUGAAACCGAGCGCAGCACUGAGAAAGAAAAUCAACCGCCGGACCCGCAGCUCAUGCAAGAGUAUGCCCAUAUUAAACUCAAAAUGAACGAACAAAGCGCAAGCUUGCGGAAGGAAAAGUUUGAAAACUCGAAAUUGAGAGAGGAGUUGCUCGCGGUCAAGCAGAGAGCUUUGCGCAGCUCCGAGUUGACGCCAAAACGGCGGCUGCUUGCACUUGGACAACCCCGAGGAGGCAACGUUGAGGCGCUACGUGAGGAGAUUAGUAACCUCCAGAUGAGGCUAGAGCAAGAGCAGAGCAAUGCGCAAAGAGCGGAGAGCUAUGCUAUAGACUUGCAGAAGCAGUUGAACAAAACACAGACAGCCCCGAUAGUGGUAGAGCCUCCACGGGAGACACCCACCGCGUUCCACGGGAUCAGUCCCGACUUUAUCCAGAUCUACCACGACAUCAACAAGUCGUUGAAAGCGCUGCGGGAGGAGUUGCACACCGCCAAGGCCGAGGUGUUGCGGUUGAAAUCGCUCUUGCGGGAGUCCGAGGAGGAGCUCUACCGGGUGAAACAGGUGGGCUUUCAAGCGGCAAUGGAUAAGCAUGAGGAGGAGCUAGCUAGAGUUAGAGAGAACAACGCUGUGUUGGAGUCACGGAAUAAAGAGUUGACGCUGGAGCUCUCCGUUUAUAAAACCAGGAGCGGGGAGUACUUCAGCAAGCUAGAGUUGGCCGAGUCGGCAGUGACAUUGUCAAAGAGACAUGAAACCGCGGCAAAGCGGGACUUGGAUGAGGCCAAGAGCCAGCUCCGACUCGCGCGGGACGAAGCAAGGACGCUGCAGAGUAUGUUGAGGGAGGCCAGGGGGGAAGCGGAGAAAUUGGAAAAGGUGCAGUUGGAGUUGACCAGGAAGGUGAGUGCGGGAGAGAAGGUUAUUGCUGACUUGCGCGGUCAGUUGGAAUAUCACAUUGGCAACUACGAGAACCGAGCAGCGACGGAAAAGUUGAAAGACGAGAUCCAGACACUUUGUCAGGAGUUGCACUAUAAGGCGGAAACGGAGGCAACACUAAAAAAGGAGAACAAAAAGUUGCAGCUUGAUCUAGACGAGGUGAGAGGCAGCAGAGACGAGCUACAGAACCAGCUAGAGGAGAUGAGUCUUAAGGAGGAACAACUAGAACAAAGACUUGAGGAACAGACUGACACCAUCAGGCUGCUUGAGAGUGCGAAGAUCAUGAAUGAGAGGAGAAUCGGCUCCCUCAUGAAACAACUCGCGGGAAUGAAAGAGAUACUAGAGGAAAACGCACGGGAAAAGUCAAGAUUAACUGAACAAAAACAAACACUAGAAAAAGAGUUGGCCAAAGUGUCUCACGAGUUGGAGCUCCUGCACACCGCGCUUGCCCAGUCCAAAACAGAGGCUGCCUUUUUGAAAACACACUUGGAAAACCAACGCAAAGAGGCGCAGCUGAUGCAAUCCGAGUUGGCACUCUCGAAACUAUCCACCAGUUCUGAUUACAAGGACCAGCAGAGGCUCAGGAAUGAUUUAUUAGUGGCGGAGGGGGAGAACUACUCCUUAAAGAAAACAAACCAGGAGCUCAGUGUGCAAGUGCAGGAUCUACAAGAGAAGCUUUUCAGCAACGAGCAGAUCAAGUACCUAGAGUCACGGUCGAACGAGUUGUCCAGUGCACUAGAUCUGGCACUACAGGAGAAACACGACGCGGAAACUACGGUCAAGUCACUAACCCGCCAAGUGGCUGCGUUGCAAGUGCGCAUCGACAAUGAGUCGCAAUUGAGCAAGCGGUAUAACGAUGAAAACUUUGAUUACCAAAACAAGAUCAACCGCUACAAGAGCAGCAUCGAGGUGCUACACAGUGAAAACACAGAAAAAGAGCUACAGUUGAGGUUGUUGCAAGAGAAACACAAUCAAUUGCAGGAGACACUAUUGGUAAUGGAAAAGGAGAAGCUCUCAAACUAG